AUGGAUCCAGCUCAAUUUGGCAUCAGCACCCUCCCCAUGCAACGCGUCCCGUACGGCCCCAUUCUACCCGAAGCGCUCAAGAACUCGAAUUCAGGGAAGGUAGCUGUCAUUACCGGCGCGGGUCGAGGUAUCGGCGCCGCCAUUGCAGAAGCGCUCGCAAAGUCUGGAGCCAGGAUUGCUAUCUUGGACCUCAACGUCGACAAGCUGGAUCAAACCAAGAAGACAUGCCUGGCCCUUGGCGGAAAGGUGGAAGCUUUUGGAUGCGAUGUUACAAAUCAAGCUCGAGUUGAGGAAGUCCUUGAGCAAGUGCAAAAGCAGCUGGGGCCAAUCGAUGUAUUGGUGAAUAAUGCGGGAAUAUUCGACCAAAGGCCGUUUCUUAUGAGCACUUUCAACAGUUUUUGGAAGCAGAUUGAGGUGAACUUCAAAGCAAUGCGCGAUCGAGGCAAUGGCUGCAUCAUCAACAUCGCCUCUAGGUCCGGUACUGUGGAUGUGCCCAUGACUCUAGGCUAUGUGUCUUCAAAGGCAGCAUUAAUUCGCGCCACGCAUACUCUGCAAAAGGAGAUGGAGCUUGACGGUCUGGAUCCGGCGAUACACAUGUAUGCGCUACAUCCGGGAGGUGUGCGAUCGAACAUGGGCGGAGUCGGUGCUGCAGCAGAUGUAAAGCAGAAAUACGGGGACAUCACAGAUGAGAAGUAUUACGAGCACUUGUUCAAGGAUGAGCCGCCCCUUUGUGGACAAACCUGCGCAUGGCUAGCGAGCGGGCAAGGGAAGGAACUUAGGGGUCUGUUUUUGGACUGUCGGCAGGAUAUGUCAAAGCUCCUCAGUAUCGGACGAGAGACAUUGCUUAAGGAGAACAGAAACACCUUGACAGUUAACUUUAUUGACGGAUACUGCAAUGAGCCAUAG